CGACUUCCUUUCUUUGCAGGUGAACUCAAUUUAGAGGAUCCGAAUCUCGGAUUGUCUGGCUGUGGAACACAAUGACAGCUGCCAAUGCUUCCCUUCAUCUGUCUCCGCGAAACAACUCAUCUGGCAACCAAACAGAGAAGUAUGUUUCCUACAGCACCGUCAUCAUGCCCAGCAUUUUUGGCACCAUCUGCUUCUUGGGUAUUGUGGGCAACUGCAUUGUCAUUUACACCAUUGUAAAGAAGACAAAGUUUCGUGCCAAGCAGACAGUGCCGGACAUCUUCAUUUUCAACCUUGCUAUUGUGGACCUGCUGUUUCUCCUGGGCAUGCCUUUCCUCAUCCACCAACUCCUGGGAAAUGGUUCCUGGCGCUUUGGUGCUAUCAUGUGUACGAUGAUCACUGCCCUAGACACCAACAGCCAGAUGGUCAGCACCUAUAUUCUAACCGUGAUGACCGUCGAUCGCUACCUAGCUACCGUCUACCCUAUCCGAUCCUCGUAUGUACGCACGACAUCUGUGGCGACGAUCGUCAUCUGCUUGGUGUGGCUGCUCUCGUUGCUGACAAUCAUUCCAGUCUGGAUGUAUGCAGGUCUAAUGCCCCUUAAAGACGGGUCAGUAGGCUGUGCCCUCAUCUUGCCCAAUCCUGCCAUAGAUAUCUACUGGUUCACUCUCUACCAGUUUGCACUGGCUUUCGCGCUGCCUCUCAUCAUCAUCUGCGUGGCCUAUUUCAAGAUCAUGCAGCACAUGUCCACCACAGUGGCACCGCUUCCUCAACGAAGCCUCAGGGUACGCAACAGAAAGGUGACCCGAAUGGCUGUGGCCAUCUGCUUAGCUUUCUUUAUCUGCUGGGCUCCCUACUAUACUCUGCAACUUGUCCACCUCGGCAUUCAGAGGCCCUCCAUCGCCUUCUUUUAUGCCUAUAACAUUGCCAUCAGCUUGGGCUACGUCAACAGCUGCAUCAACCCCUUCCUGUACAUUGCGCUCAGCGAGACCUUCAAGCGUCAGUUCAUUGUGGCGAUCCAACCAGCUCACGAGCCCUUCCGGGUCAAUAACAGUACGACGGAAGCCAGCGUGAGCCUGAGGCUCGCACCCGAGUCCACACAACACUCGCAGGUCUCCAAGGAGGUCUCUCCGAACCUGCUGCCUCUGAGUGUAGCCGUUCCUUAAAAGAGAUGCCAAGCAGAAAACAUGAUAAGGCUUAAUGGACUGGAGAGAUGUGUAUCCAGCCAUCCUAGUCAUGAACUGGCUGCACAGCAGUGCCAGUCUAACCUGAUCACUCCUAGAAGAGGAGAGAAGUGAGCCUACAUCAUAAUAAAAAGGACGAGUGUGUCUCCAGAGAUGUGCCACCUGCCCCCAAGUAUCAUACCGAGAGAAUGAGAGGAUCAGCUCCAUCUCCACGAACAUGGUGGAGUGCUUCUCCAACAAGCUCCUAGGCCGACAAACCUUAGACAUGGGCACCCCUACCUGUCAAACACUGGGGUGGUCCACAGGCUGUGUUAGCAUCCAUCAACGGACAUUUCUUCUGUCAAACAGCAUCCUAUACUUGGUAUUUCUGCAUCCCAUGACCUCAAUUUCUUUUGCAUUUCUUUGAAAGGUUUUGCUUUUUUUUAUUUAUAUGGGACUCCUGAGAGAGAAGAAAAAAGAAAAAGAAAAAAAGUUAUAGCUCAAAGACUUUGAGAUUCUCUUGGUAACCAAUAAUGGCGACACUUAUGCUCUCCUCUAGUCAUUUCAGUUUCUUUCAAAGGCUGACUAAUUAGUUCAAGCAAUUUAUGUAAUCCCUUUGUAGCGUUCAAUUACGAAGAGAGGAAACAGAUUUAAUGAAAAUUUAGAUUUUUUUUUUUUCCCCCUUCUCCACUUCGUCCCUCAAUCCGUACAUUUCUAUAAUGACAAUGCUUCACUUUGAUCAAAAGCAUCCCGCUGUUUCAUGUAAGAGAACACCGUCCGCUAUUGAAAGAAUAUCAUAAUAUCGUGUGCUCUUUGCCGUGAAAGACUCCGGGCAGGAGUGACUCAUUAUUCUGCUUGUCAGGGCUGCAAUACGAGCAGAAGUAUAAAAGGUAAAUAAAGAUGAAGCCAAGAAAGGAAAGGGGGGGAGGCGGCAGGUUAUGGGGUUGUUUUAAGAUUUCAGAAC